UGAUCUGCCAAAGCUAUUGUCACUUGAUAAUAAAGUUUAUGCAUCGUAUAGAAGUGCUAUGCGUGAAUUUAUAGCAGAAAAAUGGAAUGGAAAUACUCCAGAAUAUCGCAAGAUAAGUAUGACUAAAAAACGCUAUUUGGUUGAAAAGUACAAAUCAAAUAAUCCAGAUUUUCCAUUAUCAAUUGGUGAUUGGGCUAUUCAAAUGAUGAUGCGUCGUGCUAUUAAUCAACAGCGUAAAGUAGAAAGAAAAGUUACAAAGAAUGUUAAGCAUUCUCGUGUUAUGAAAAGUAAAGUGAUGGUAGCUAAGACUAAUAAAUCUAAUAAAAUUCAUGAUUCAGUAUCAGAAGAUGCCGAUGCUACCAAUGAUGAAGAUGCCAAUACUAACAGUGAUAAUACUAAUGAUGAUGAUGUUGUUGACAAUGAUGAAGAUGCCAAUACUAAUAAUGAUGAAGAUGCCAAUACUAAUAAUGAUGAAGAUGCCAAUACUAACAAUGAUGAAGAUUCCGAUACUAAUAAUGAUGAAGAUGCCGAUACUAAUAAUGAUGAAGAUGCCGAUACUAAUAAUGAUGAAGAUGCAGAUACUAAUAAUGAUGAAGAUGCAGAUACUAAUAAUGAUGAAGAUGCCAAUAUUAACAAUGGUGAAGAUGCUGGUAAUGUUGAAGACACUGAUACUACUAAUUAUGAAGAUGCAAAUAGUGUAAACGAUAAUAAAAAUACUAAUUCAAAUACUAAUAACAAUAAAUAUAAAGACGAUUCAAGAUCCAUUAAUAAAAAAUUGGAUACCAAAAAGUCUAGAAGAAUUUUAAAAAUGCGACAAGAUAUAGUUAAUUCUAAUAAUUCCGAAAUUCAAAAAAGUAAAUAUGGACGAAAGGUUAAUAAUAGCAAAAGGAGUAUGCAAGAAGCAGAUCAAGGCGAGGAUACGCAAGAAAAUCAAAAAUCUAAUAGACGAUCUAAAAGAAUAGCCAACAAGGAAGAAGAUUGUUGGCAUAAAUCAUCUUCAACAUCAUUCUACAUGUCAGAUUAUAGUAUAUAUGAUAGAAUUAUUUUUAGAAUUUAG